AUGCCCUGCGGUGCAACUGCCGUGUCGGACCUGGUAUCAGUAGUGUUGCAUUGGUAUCGCGGCACGGUUCGCGAUUGCUAUGGUUAUGAACUCUGUAACGGCCCUACCGUGCGCUGUUCAGCCUGGCGCAGCAGCCAGCCAAGCAAACCAUGUCCCCGCCCGAACAACGAUGCACGGACUAUGCGUAUGUACAUACGACACGUAGAUUUGGUCCUGACUGGAGUUUGCAGUUACUUCCUGGUUGCAUUGGACGAGACACUAACUCUGGAGAAACGGGAACCGUACAAUCUGACAAUAAUGGACGACAAACGCUGUGACAAAAAACUGUGCAACGACGAGAUGAUGUGCAACAGCGAAAUAUACGAAUAUGCUGGAGGCAACGACACCAUAAGCCUAACGUUCAGUGGCGGCGAGGGGCUGGUGGUGGAUGGCUCUCUGUUACCCACACCCACAGCUGCCAACUUGAACCUGGCAGCAGCCAACGGCCGCACCUUCCCGUUGCUGCGCUUUUACAAGGUUAACGGCUUGGUGCUCCGAAACCUUAUCUUUCGGGAUUUGGACAUCUCGGCACCCCUCAUUCUUAUCCAGGACUGCACGAACGUUACAAUCCAAAAUGUGACCCUAUUGCGGGUGGCAGACGUGAGAGAUGCAUCAUCGCCAUCACCAUCCCCCCCUUUCGCGGUAUCACCGCCAUCGAAACCACCAACUGCUCCGCCUGGGGAACCAUCAACGUCCCGACUGCAAUCACAACUGGGGAGUAAUUCAAUGGCGAGAAGCUCUGCCGGCGGUAAUGACGGUGGCGCGCUGCUGCCUAGCGAUUUAUCAUCCAUAGGCAGCCACGGCGGGGCAAUUUGGCUACAGAGCGUUUCGGCAGCACGUUUGGAAAAUCUUGACAUCACAUUUUAUCGUCACAACUCGUCUUACAGUAGCUUGCACGGCCUGCUGAUAGCAGCUAGCCGGAACAUCUCAGCCUCUGGGAUUCACGUCUACGGCUUCGAUGCUUUUUUGGCUGCUGCUGUCCCAGAGACCGCAGACUCCAGGGCUGUGAUGAUUGAGGGAACCGCUGACGUAUCGGUGCUCAGUAUGAACUGCAGCUUGAGUAAGGCUGCCUGCGGCCCAUGCUUGGCAGCGAUCGACUCGUCCCUGAUUAUCGUGUCCAGCAACUUCUCAGGCAACGGUGCGGAAGGCUGCACAGGUGGUGCUGUGUGUCUCAAGUCGGAGCAGACUGGCAUCGAGUCGAAGGCAACGCUUUUGGAUACCGUUUUUAGUAACAACACAGCUGGACAAGGAGGAGCUGCGUGCGUGGCGGCGCCCGCGGCAAGCUAUGAUGCUAUGACGCACCAAUCGCUCUGCUGGCGGGAAGUGAUGGAUACGGCCCCCUCGUGGAGAUCAGACAUAGCUUGUUUGACGGAAACCGUGCAACUUCGCAAGGCGGCGACGUCUACAUUUCCGAGGGCAGCAGGCUUUUUGUCCAUUCAUCUGCAUUCAAGUAUAGCAGCACCCCUGCAGGAGAUGGCGGAUGCGUUUGCGGAAUUGCAGCCCAAGCUUCGUUCUUUAACUCCAGCUUUACUGGAUGCACCGCAAGGAAGGGCGGCGCGCUCUGGUUCGAAAGCCAAACCAAUUCUCGAAGCGGGUGAUUUUGAAGUGGUCGAAUCCUUCGUGCACGGGCGGGAGCUAUCGUCUGCUUGGCUUGGUGAACGUCCCGUCAGAGCUGAUAGCACUGGCGGCGGUAUAGCAGCAGUUGCGGACCACUCGGAUGGCGCAGCCACACAUGCAGCUAUAUUCUUAGAUCGGACAAGUGUUAACAAAAAGCUCUUGAAUGGCCUGCAGGCGCUGAGGUUAAACCUCACCAUUUCCAAUUCAGACUUCACGGAGAACGUCGCUGUUGAACAUGAUGCAACAGGGGGCGCCCCCAGCGGGGUCGUAGCAUCUGCACGUCUGCGCAACGUGGACUUCAGGGGAAACAUGGUCGACACUGGCGACAGUGGCGCACUGUAUGCUUCCGGAUGGGAUGUUAGCUUGGAUGGCGGCGAAUUUACACAAAAUAUGAAAGGCUGGUCAUCGGAUAACAGCCUAGGCGGCGCAAUGUCCGUCCGCAACUGCCCCAUGGCAAUCCAAAUCAGCAACGUCAAGUACCAGGAGAACACCGGCAUCUACGGGGGGGCACUUGGAGCCGACUGGUGCAGCUUGACUCUACGGAAUGUCGAGUUCACCCAAAACAGCGCAGACACUGACGGAGGUGGCCUCUACGUGGGAUGCAUCUCGUCUUGGGGGACUCAAGGUCGAGACAAGAGUGCAUAUACGCAUAUCCUGACCAACGUGACGUUCAAGGGCAACUCCGCUGGGAUUGGCAGCGGGGGGGGCCUUCUGGUCGAUUGUGGCAACAUCACUAUGACGGACUCGAGCCUGACUGAAAACUCAGCCUUCACUGCCGGCGGCAUAAAAGUAGCUCCUCCAAUGGUUGUGGUUGGUGGGAAAGCUUCACAUGCCGUUUUACGCGGAGUACGUUUUACGAGAAACAAUGCCAAUUCCAAAAGUGGUGGGCUUCAUGCUAGCGAUGUGUACUUAACCUUGGAGAAGGUGGACUUUGUGGAGAAUUACUUGACAAUUGACGCGACGCAUGGCGGCGCCAUGUACGUCGCAAGAUGCCUAGACGCCGUAGACAUUCGAAGUGUAAGUGGUUUCGGCGGUGCCGAGUAG